GUAUAAAGCAGAGUGAACACAAGAUUCAUGCUCACUAAUAACAAGAUAAGGAGAAGCUGCAAACGAUACAACUCCACCGCAAGGAGCUUGCAUUUUAUUUUUUUAAGUAAAACUUACAUAGAAAAAAAAGAUCACCGGUUAUUUCUUCAUCGAAUAUUCGUGUAAAUACGAUCAUCGAAAAGGACUGUGUUACCGGAACGAAAUUGUGCUAGUGUGAAAAGUGUUGUUUCUGAUUGUUAUUCAAGUGUUUAGUUAUUGUUUGUGAAAGAGCAUCGAAUUGUUACACCGACCCGGACCUUUACCAUCAAGGAGACGAAAAAAGGAAAGCAGCGAAAAGUAAACGAAUCAGGUCAUAACCAUGAAAUUCCCAAUUCCUCUACAUCAAUAUAAAAAAUGCAUAAUACUAUUUAUGCUGGGUAUUACCUGCAGUGCCUUGGCUUACAUACUCUACAUAAUUAAUCCAGUGAAGACAAUAUUGGAACACAAAUUGCAAAUGGCACCAAAUUCGCUGCUUUAUGAAUUAUGGAAAAAGCCCCCUAUCAACGUCUACCUCAAAGUAUACAUAUUCAACAUCACCAACGCGGAACAGUUCCUCAGGGGUGAGGAAAAAUUAACCGUGGAAGAAGUCGGUCCCUACGUCUAUCAAGAAAUAUUAGAGAAUCAAAAUGUCACGUGGCACGAAAAUAAUACAAUUUCGUAUAAGCCAAAAAGAACGGUAGUGUACAUUCCAGAAAUGUCAAACGGUGACCCAGAAAAAGAUAUAGUGCACGUUCCAAAUAUACCAAUGCUGGGUAUCUCGUCGACCCUACACGAUGCUGCAUUCUUGGUCAAAUUCCCUUGGACUAGUUUGGUGAACAUGCUAAAUAGUAAAUCGAUCUUGAAUAUAACCGUGUACGAUUAUCUAUGGGGUUACGAGGAUCCUCUUGUCCGUUUGGCGAGUAACGUCGUGCCAAGUUUCAUCAACUUCGGGAGAUUUGGAUUACUCGAUAGGAUGUACGACGAAGGAGACAACACCGUGUUCAUGAACAUCGCGAAGAAUGAGAAUAUGACCGACGAGGAUGGACGUUAUCUGAGCGUCGAAAGCUACAACGGUAGCCCCGGGAUGCCGCAAUGGGGGUACCAGGAAGAAGAAGGAAACGAGACUAAUCCGGGGAAUACGAUUUGUAACCGUGUCAAGGGAACAACCGAAGGAGAAUUAUUCCCGGCUAAUUUAGACGAACACGCUACAUUCAGAGUGUACAGGAAAGCUUUCUGCAGAGCGAUACCGAUUGUGUUUAAGGAAAAAGUAUGGGUCGAAAGUGGUCUCGAAGGAUACUUGUACACCGUGGCAAGUGACUUCUUGGAUCCGCCAGAUUUAAAUCCGAUUAACGAGUGCUACUGCCGGAACCGUAAAUGUUUGAAGAGAGGAUUGUCUGACAUGACACCUUGUUAUUACAGUAUUCCAGCAGCAAUGUCCAUGCCACAUUUCCUCGAUGCCGACCCCAGUUUGCUAGAGAACGUUAUAGGACUUCAUCCAGAUCCAGAAAUCCACAGCGCAAAGAUCAUUCUGCAACCGGAGAUCGGAAUCCCGAUAAAAGUUAACUCCAGAAUACAGAUCAACCUUGUUAUGGCCCAAGCGGCCUACAGUUCUAGAAUCUCGGCCUUCAACGGGUUAACGGUCCCAUUAUUCUGGAGCGAUCUGUAUAUACCUUCGAUACCGGACGACCUCCUCUUCCUCUUGAAAAUGGUGCUUUACGUACUUCCGAUAGCCCAGACGGUGAUAAUUUGGUUGCUGGCCAUCGGAGGAGCGACGAUGAUCAUAUUAUCAGUACCAGCCAUGUUGUGGACCAUCAAUCAGCAACAGGUACCUCUUCAGGUAGAACGAAAGGAUAGCUGCGAUUUAAGGAUACCGUUGAAUUAUGGUCAAUACACUACUAUGCGUAUCUUGCCGGCUAUUAAAAAGAUCACGUCAAAAACGGACUUGUUUAGUUAACCAAACACACCCCUAAAGUAUUUACGAAGCAUGAAACGAAAGACACUUGGAUUAAUAAAAGAACGAUUUUCUUAUUUAAAUAAUUAAUGUAUUCGUUGCUCUUUUUUCUCGUUAGAAAAAAAAAGGUAGCGGAUACGGUUGCGUACUUAAACCGACUUGUAAAGUAUUCUGCGUUGCAGUACACAUUCCGGGUUUCGUGCUAAAAAUAUUUAUCAAUCGAUAUUAUUCUCUAUCAAAACGUUAUUACGGUGUACUUUCACUUUUAUUCUCCCUUACUCCGAUUAAUUUCUUUAGAAUAUCGUUCUUUUAAUUUUUAUUCUGUUUCGUUUCGUUGCUUCUUAAUGUAAUACUACAAUCUAAUAUCUAAUUGAUAUAAAUUUUUUUACGAAUUUAUUCUAUGCUCCAUCGAUCGUAUCUGCCGAGUAAUGGCACUGGAGUAGCUCAAAGUAUUUCAUCGAAGUGAAUUACCGUUAAAAUAAGUUUGAAUAAAAACGUUAUGAACGGGUUAUUAUAUAAAUUUAAUGAAAUGCGAACUAAGUAAGGUUGUAGUACAAUAUUAUGAUAUUAAUCAUAAUAACCAAUGAUACCAGCCUAUCGAAAAUCAAUGAUGAAUGAAUAUUGUCGUCUAAUGUACAUACACGAAUUCGAAUCAAUUUUUUCGGAUAUUAUAAUUUAAUCUCAAAAAUACUUUACUUACGUGUAUUAUUGUUGAAAACGUGAAAAAUCCAAGCCAAAAAUUUGAAAAUAAUGAUUGCUUAGGUAUUUCGAUUUUGGUAGCCGAUAUUUUCGUUGAAAUAUCACUUAUUACGUUGCUGAACUUUUGCUUAGCACCGGACGUUUUGAUUUCCAGCACCGGAAGUACUCGGUGAGACAAAAUUCGUACAGGUUUUUGUACAUCAUUGUUGUACUAGUUAGAUAAUUAGUAAAUAUAAAUAAAUAAUUUAAGUAUUUUAGUUAAUAAAUUUACCAAUUGUUAUUGGUAAUGAAGAUACAAGGUUAUGUUUCGAUUUUGUAUAACGAAGUACUUUUUAAAUAUCGUAACCUCAAAAAUUUAUUUAUUUUUUUUAAAUUUGAAUUUUAAAAAUUAUUUAUGUCGAGAACUUACAUUUAACAUGUUUUUAAAAAUGUAAUAUUUCACAUGAUACUAUAAAGUAUUUUGUUUGUAUAAUGUAUUAUGAUUCAAUUUGUACAAUUUUCUCAAAGAAGCAAUCGUGUUUGCGAAUACUGAUACUAAGCAUGUUAAACUUAAAAUAUUUUUCAUAUUAAGGAAAUUUUUUUAGUUAGCAAAAAAAAUAUAAUGAUGCAUAAUAUUUAAGCCGUUUUUAAAGAUCGUAAUUUAUAUUUCAUAAUUUCUUCAUUCUUCAUUGCAUUUAUGUCCCAUUAAUUUUCAUUAAAAAGAUACGUUUUCAAUGUAACGAAAACGUAACUUUGCGUUGUUAGUCUAUCAUUUUCUUUAUUAUUAGAAAAUUUUUGCUCAUACUACAUUUAUCAAAGUAUAAAAAUAUAGCGCUAAGGCUACAAGUGUAUAAAGAUCGGAAAAUAUACUUGCCUAUAAUUUUGAAUUUCAUAAUAAAAAUCAAAAACAUCA